AUGGACGCAGUGUUGCGAGUCACCGACGCUGUUAAAUCUUUUCGCGAAACCCGCCUUUCAGCAAUUCGCCCACCGAGCGAGUUUUUUGACUAUCAUCGUAUAUCUAGGCCCGCGGACUUGAACCAGGCCACAUCUAGAGUGUCAUACAAUACCCGGUACUUCUCAGGAAACUACGGAUUAAUCAUUGCAGUUCUGGCGGUGUAUGCACUCAUUAGUAACCCUCUUCUACUUAUUGCGCUGGGUUUCCUCGUUGGAGGCUUUGCGGUAAUCAACAAGUGGGCUCCUGAACCUGUGCAAUUUGGCGAGCAUACUGUGACCCAAAAGCACUUGUAUACAGGUCUGUUCGUUAUAGGCCUGCCGCUCCUUUGGCUCGCGUCGCCAGUAAUGACCUUCUUCUGGUUGGUUGGAGCUUCCGGAGUAUUGAUUCUUGGGCAUGCCAGUUUUGUUGAGCCGGGUGUAGAGAGCGAGUACGCUGCAGUACAGGACACAGUGUAGCAGUCUCCGAAUCAGAAUGCAGGUUGUGUCAAGCUGGUUUCUAUCUAUGUGCGAUUUAAAUACUGAUGCCAUUUUGGUGUAUGCGAUGCGUAAUGAGGUACAGGUAUAGGAACAAUGAAAAAAGAACACGCCGGAAAAAAAAGGAUAAAGAUACAUCAGAGAAGAGGAAGCCAUUGUCCUAAAUAACGACUAUUAGGUUUACGAUAUCGAAAAUGCACGAGAUAACUUGCCAAUUACGACGCUUGGUAGGUCGAAGAGAUCUCUCCGAAUGCUAAAACAGAAAGUGGAGGGGACAGGGGCACCGGAGGGUUUUAGCAGAACACAAUGAGAA